AUGACUAGUACUAGGGGAAAACAAGACAGAAAACGAAAGGAAGAACAAGAGAGAAAACGAAAGGAAGAACAAGAGAGAAAACGAAAGGAAGACCAAGACAGAAAACGAAAGGAAGAACAAGAGAAAAAACGAAAGGAAGAACAAGAGAAAAAACGAGUUCAACAAGCGACUGCCAAGCCGGCUGCAAGCACAAGCAAACACGAUGUCCAGUUGCUUGAUUCUGUUCAAAUGGAGACUGAGGCCACUACACCUGCUCCCUAUGGUCCAAUUACAUUGUUCUGUCUUUUUUGCGGUGAUGGCAUUGAAAAUGCAUUUCCAGUUUCUGCCGACAAGAAUGAAACCAUCGGACAACUCAAGAAAACCAUCAAGAUGGAGCAGCCAGGAAUGUUUGUUAAUGUUGACACAAAAGAUCUUGUAAUGUGGAGAGUUAAUAUUCCCGAGGAUAAUGAGGAAAAGAUUGAGCAACUUCGAAACAAUAAGAAAACCAUUGAAGAGUUAGGUGGCAUCAAGAUAAAAUAUAUGACAAAGCGGGUUGGAGAGAUGUUUGGUACUCCUGCUUCAGGAUCCAUCCACAUCAUUGUCGAGUGUCACAGUGUUAUUAGACCAGAGGAUUCUUUCCAAGUUGGAGUCAAACGUAUGAGAGAAGAAAGACUAUGCAUCAAAGAGAAGUGGAGAAAAAGACCUGCAAUGGAAAUUUCUGUCACGAAGUCUUUUCAAGAUCAGAAAGAGGUUGCGCGAUUUAAUUAUGGUGUACAGUCCUAUGAGACUAUUCUUCAAAGCAAUCUCUUUUUUGUUGCACAUAUGAAAUUGUUCAUAGAUCCACCAAGCCAAUGCCUUUUCCUUUGUCGACCAAAACGUCAUGGAAAAACACUCCUGUGCUCUCUGGCACAAUGUUUCUAUGACACAAGGAAUGCACUUUAUUUUGACAAAAUGUUCCCUGGCAUCAAUUCUGAUCUUUUCACCCCAUGCCCUUGUUCUUUCAUGGUGCUUUCACUGAGUUUUGCUGCACUUCAACCAAAUGACAUUUCCUUGUGUGACUGUGGCUCUGAGUUUGAGCAGAAUUUUCAAAACCAACUGCGAGAUGCUUUGAUUAAUUUCUGUGAAUGUUAUGAACUGGAUUUUCCUGUUUCAGUGUCCAAAGAUGUCAUUACACUGUUUAUGGAAUUGGUGAGAUUACUGGAGGUACUGAACAGCCCGAUUAUGAUCAUAGUUGAUGAGUAUGAUUCUUCAGUCAACUCUGCUUUGCUGUUUCCAGAAGCAGAGCCAUAUCGAAAAUAUCUUCAACAACGAGGUUCUGUGUACUUCCGCUUUUUCACAGUACUCAAACGAGCCCUUGCAGUUCCUGGAAAUCGUGCGCUGAUUGUUGGGGUUGCUCCUCUAGCCAUUGCUGACUUCACUAGUGGAUUUAAUGUUGCCUUUGAUAUAACGUGGGAUUCACAAUACCAGGAUGUGUGUGGUAUCUUGGUUGAUGAUAUCCAGCCUGUUCUCCAGAGUAUUGGACACAAGUAUAACUGGGAUGUGAUAAAGACAAAAGAAGUCUCUGAUAUGUUGAUUGAUUACUAUGAUGGCUACCGUUUUGGUGGUGAUUCAAGUGUUUUCAAUGGUGGACAAAUAGUCAAUUGUUUGCAGCAUCUCCUCAAGAAAGGCACAUUCCCAAAAAGCCUGGUUGAUAUCAACACUAAUCUCUCAGAGAGUGUGCUGCAAUUUCUGUCAAAGGGUCAGAAUGAUAAAUUUCGUCUGCUUCUUCUACAACUCCUCACAAAGCCAGUCCCAUUUAAGCUGUCCGAAGCCUUUGUCAUUAAUGAGGUAAGGAAGGAAUUGAAUGAUGGAAAGCCUAAUACACUCCUCUCUUUGAUGGUAUACUAUGGAGCACUGACAGUAGUUGGGGUUGAUGAGCAAAUAUAUGCCAAAAUCCCCAAUCGAGUGGCUCGUGAAGUGUUUGUUCAGCAAUUGUUGCAAAACCUGCAGAAACUUAAUUUAGGAGAACAAGCACAAGUUUCUGCUGCAGUGAGUUCAUUUCUCAAUGAGCUUGAUGUGGCUCCUCUUGUCAAGCUGCUUUUGGAUAGCUCACUGCUUCCCAAAGAGGAUCAUGGUGAUGUUGUUCAUUCUGUGGAGUCAACACUUAAAACUCGCUUUCAAGCUCUUAUCCUGGCUGGCCUUGCUGAAGAUGAGAGACAUCGACUGAUAAAUGAAUUCUGCUUUGACAAAUCUGAUGUCUUUCUUGGCCAAGCAGACACUGUCAUGAUUCCUCCCCAUGCUUCAAGUCUAGACCCUGUGCUAUUGAUUGAAUUCAAGAACUCCCGCAUCAGUGAUUUGGAGGAUAUGCCACCACAAUGGCAAAAACAAGUUGAAAAGUCUCGAGAGUUUCUCAAUUACAGUGAAAGUAAGCUUAAAGAGCUGCGAUUGAGGUUCUCUGGGUACAACCAUUUUAGAACUAUUGAAGAACAGUGGAAUAAUGCAUACAAUGAACUGCUAAAAAAUGCAAAAAAGCUCAAAAAUAAUUUUUCUGGUAAACCGAUUAUUGGAUUUGUGAUAUACCGAAUUGGCCUUCACCGAAUAUUGUUUGAACGCUAUGAUAAUCUAGAUGCAUAA